GGACACAACAGAGUCAGAAUGGCCUGGCUCCUCCACUGACGGGAUGAGUUACAUAGAAGAUGCUCAGAGUUGCCAAACACUCACCAAGUUAUUCAGUUUUAAACAGUUCGUUCAAGGAUUUGCGCAUCACCGGUGACCACGCCACACCCAAAUGAGCUUGGCAGCGUGUCUGCCUGUCUCGGGCAGGGGAUGUCUUGUGUAACAGCGGUAUCAGGCAGUGGCGCGCCGACAGCAACCAGUUGCUCCGGCCCGGAUUCUCGUUGUCAUGUCCCAGAGGAGGCGGCGCAUACGGCGGCCUCUGAACGCAACUCGAGCCGAAAUAUAAGUUGAAGACACGGUCAGGGGGGACGCUGUUCGUGGACAACAGUCGUUUACCUCCCGCGGCCGGUUCUUGGAGGAAUGAGAGGCGCGUGUUCGGCUCUGAAAAUGGGGUUGUUUUUGCACGCUGUCGGCUCUGUCACCCCCACGGAGUCCGCACCAGAGGGGAGCUCUGAUGUCCUUGUGCUGCAGAGCUUGAUCCACUGUGAUGGCGUCAACAACCAGAGCUACUUCUGCGAGUAUGGACACUGCUGCGGAGAAUCCCAGUGUUGCAGUUAUUACUAUGAGCUCUGGUGGUUUUGGUUGGUGUGGGCAAUCAUCUUUAUUUUGUGCUUCUGCUGCAUUUGCCACCACCGGCGCACAAAACACCGCCUGCAGCAGCAACAACGGCAGCACGAAAUCAACCUCAUCGCCUACCGUGAAGCACACAACUACCCCUCAGUUCCCUUUUACUUCCGGUUUUUACCAAACUACCUCCUUCCUGACUAUGAAGAGGUGGUCAACCGACCUCCGACCCCUCCACCUCCUUACACCGCCCUGAACUUAAACUCCUCUUCAAUGGCUUCUGUUGCCAUGGCUCCUGAGCAACAGGCGGGACACUGUCCAUCCACCCAGUCCUCUCCUGCGCCGCCGGUCUCUGACGGUCUCUGCAGUAGACCUGCAAUAGAGGAAGCGCAGCCUCCUUCCUUUGACUUUAGGCCAAAGCCCAAUAACAAACCCCAUCAAACAGCCCAAGACUCCAGCAUUAUUCUUCUGUCAGAUGGACUGAAUGUGGAGACGCUCAGCAGCCAGGAGAAAAAAAGUGGAAGUGGGGAUGACUCCUGCAAGGAUCCCCUGCUCAAGGACCUGUCGCUGUCAGAGGGUUGUAGUGAGGACCAAGAGCGCCUCCCCAACGGCAGGAGGCGGCGAUUCACCGGGGACUCUGGGAUCGAGGUGUGUGUGUGUGGCACACGCGGGGGCGGCGGUUUUGGUGGGGUUGGCGGGACGGGCCAGGAGCAGGAGAGCCUGCUGGGGCGCGGCGUGGAUGACGGUAACGAGGAGGAGGAUGCGGGCGACUUCUGUGACAGUUGCGGCCAUCGAGCCUCCCUGAGUUUAGAGGAGGAGCAGGCGCUGGGCGGGGCGGAGAGGAGGGCCGGGCGCGGGCCCCCGCUGACGCCUCCGAAUGCAGGCGGCUGCUCACUCGGUUCCCCUACUUGCCUUCUCCUCCACACCAUCAGCGAACAGGACGGCCCGGCUCACAGCCCGGAUCCGCAGGGAUGAAACGCUAAGAGGUGUCAGCGGCACCGUCGGAUUGUCUUUACGAAAUGAGCCCAUCUUAAAAUAACCAGAUGAGGGAGCAGCAAAAUGACUCCGAUGCAAAGGUGGAGACGCCUUGCUCUUUUCCGUACUAGUCCCAGUGGCCUUAACCAGUGCAACAUGGGUUGUGUAGGGGGCAGCUCUCCUCUCUGCAGUCAUCCUUCUCCUUCUACCCAACGCACUGACUCAGCAACAGAUUCGGUGGGAGGAUGAGGACAGAAACUCUUCAGUUGCAGGAAAUCUGUAGAGCUGCAGCACAUUACAUGGUGGUGUAUCAGGCACUGCGGGAAAACCUUGCAUGAACUGGUGCCUUCAUAAGGACACUGCAGCCUCUACGACAAGAGCAGACUCCACGGCGUCCCAGUAGUCGUGCUUCUGAAGUGCUUUUUCAGCAACUGUAAACCACUCUGCCUUCUGUUGGUGUUGCUCUAUCAGCCUUACAAGCGAUACAGUAGUCUGUCUGUGUUUAGAAAAAAAAAAAUAGAUAAAGCGUGAACACUUCCAGUUUUGCACAGUUUCUCUAAAAUGAAAAUCUUUUGCAAAGUAAAACGAACCCCAACAUUUUAAGGCUGAGUUUUUACUUAAUUUGGUCUCGCAUGGUUUGCGGUUAGUUUCCAUCGCAACAUGUUUAAAUGGAGAGGUGUGUACGUGCGUGUGUGUGUGUGUUAGUAGGAGGAAAUGUAACAUUUACUUGGAAUGUGUUCGUUUCAGCCUAACUUAGCUGAAUGUAUGUAGUUGGUGCCUAACAGAACUCGGUGUGAAAGUUUGAGGAACAAUAAGCUUUAGUGAAACUGACGAACCCUGAGAAAGCAGGUACUCAAAUCAAGAAUGUCGAGCUUCAGAGAGAUUAAAACUGAAAUAACAACAAGCAAACCUCAACAUUUCUUUUGUAAGUCACUUCAACAGAUUACCAACCCUGGCCAUUAGAAACAUCGAGAACUAUUCUUAAUAUUUGAUGUUGAAUCCUUGGAGCAACUUCCAGUCCGAUGUCAUUAAAUAUAUCAGUGACAUUAUUGUUCAGAACUAAAAUUAUGUCCUAGUCUGUUGGGUUUUUUUUCUUUUUAUGUUUUGCAUUUGCACUCUUCAGUUAAAGAGAUGAAAUUGAAAACGCUUUGAACUUCUAUGUAUGUUAAAAUAGGGCUGGAUGAACCAAUUAAAACCUGGUUCUGUCAGUUUCUCCUUAUAUAAAAUUCACUCAUAAGUAUUCACACUCUUGAAUUUUUUAUUUCUUUCCACUUUACCAAAAGUCUGGGCUUUAAUUUCUUACUGGACAAAAGCGUCCCCUCAGCAUGAUGCUGACACCACCCAGGUGGUUUCAUUUUGGUCACCUCAGGACCACCAUCUGCCGCUGUAAGCAGAACUUCUUGUGACUGUGAGUCCAGGUUUUUAUUUGUAAAACUUAAAAUUUUCCGCCCACUUCACAAUUACAGAAUUCCAGUGAAAUUCACACAAAUUUAUGGUUGUAAUCUGAAAGGUUCCAGGGUUGUUUCUGUAAUUCCACGACAAUGACAUUCUACACUUAUCGUCCUCCAAGUCCUAUUUUUGACAAUGUUGCUAAUGUUUGGUGAGACCUUAGCAAACAGUUAUUUCACCAAGGAUUCAGUUCAUUAUUUUGUUCAACUGCCCAUCUCCAUAGUUUUGGUCCACUGUGUUUUUCGACCACAAUAAAUUGUGACAUAUUUUGUAAGACUUUCCUUCCUACAACUGCAUGAAAACACAAAAUUCAAUCUCUGCGAAGCACAGACAUUUUAACAAUUGGUCAGACAAAUUUAUUUCGGUAUGAAUAUAUAUACUGAAAGCACCUUGCAGGAGAUCAUUUCCCCCACAUUCUUCAGCAAGGGGUUACAGUGCAAUGCGAAACCGUUUUGUAUUACCAGUAAGCUCAUUGGCCUUUAUGCGUCGCGACAUGGACACACUUUUAAGUGCUUUACAUAUUAGGGUAUGUUGUGAGCUACAGAUGAAGAAGUAUUGUGUACUUUUGUCUUAUUAAAAAGAACUAUUUUCAUAUCUGCCUGUUCAUUUAAGUGUAAUAGAGAGAAAAUCCUCAAACCACUUUAUAUUUGCAAAUUGUGUACAAUCACAUGUAGCGAGUUGGAGAACCAUAUAGUUGCUUUAUAAUGUUUUAUAAAAAUCUUUAGCUUUAUUUUCAUGGACAGGUUUUAUUAUUAAGGCUAACAUUGGGUUCUUUUAUAGAAACUCCCUCCAUUGCGAGGUUGUGUGAAAGGUACCUUGGACUAACAAGUAUUUGUUCAGAGAUCAGGGCAGUGUUGCCAAAGAUGGUUUUCUGACUUAAGUGUGUGUGUUUUGCACAUAUUCUGUGAAUGUUCUGAUCAUAAGCCAUUUAUUUCAGCAACUAAGAUGAAUGUAUGUUCAAUAAAUAUUCUAAAUUUACAAACAA